AUGCCACAGCAGAUGUUGCUCCCGUUGGUGGUGUCCAUGUGGCUUUUGGCUGGGCGCUUCCCAGCAGAGGCUGCGAACUACAAUCCCCACGUGCUCAGCCGCCACCACCGUGCAUACAACCACCAUGCCAGCAUGGACAAUCAGCUGCCCCCGGAAGUACCUGAAGAGGCGGAGGUACAGCCAUCUCACCCAGUCACCUAUGGUCGCACCUAUUACGGGAUCAUGUUCGAUGCCGGCAGUACCGGCACCCGCAUCCACAUCUACAAGUUCAUUCAGAAGGACCCAGUUGGGCUGCCUGUACUCGACAAUGAGAUGUACCAUGCAGUGAAACCUGGAUUGUCUGCCUAUGCAGAUAUGCCUGAAACGGGUGCGGAGACGGUCAGGGAGCUGUUGAGAGUGGCAAAAAAGAUGAUCCCCAAGGAAGAGUGGUGGCAGACCCCUGUGGUGCUGAAGGCCACUGCUGGCCUUCGGCUGCUGCCAGAGGAGAAAGCCAGAGCCCUGCUGGACGAGGUCAAAGAAGUUUUUGAUGAAUCACCUUUCUUUGUGCCAAACAACAGUGUCACCAUUAUGAAUGGCAAAAAUGAAGGGGUGUUGGCAUGGGUUACUGUGAAUUUCUUGACAGGUCACUUGUAUGUUCACACUAGAAAGACUGUGGGUAUCUUGGAUCUUGGUGGCGGUUCAACCCAGAUCACGUUCCUUCCCAAAUCAAAGAAGACAGUGAACACCGCUCCUCCAAACUACAUUGCUCAUAUCGACAUGUUCAACGGCACUUAUUCGCUUUACACCCACAGUUACCUUGGGAAUGGACUCAUAGCAGCCCGACUGGCGACUCUCGGCGCGCUUGGUGCAGAUGGUCUUGACUGGAAGGUGUUCACAAGUUCUUGUUUACCAAAGAAGUAUAGAGAUGAUUGGACUUUCGGUGGGAUCACUUACAAAGUCAGUGGAAUCCCUGAUGGUUUUGCAGGCUAUAAGCUUUGCUACUACGAGGUGCUGCGAGUGGUGAAAGGGAUCGUCCACCAGCCUUUUGAAGUGAAGGGAAACAGCGUGUUCUAUGCCUUCUCCUACUACUACGACAGAGCUGUGGAGUCAGGCCUUAUCGAUGGCUCAAGAGGUGGUGUCGUGGAGGUCAGAGAUUUCAAGAAGAGAGCUAAGGAGGUUUGCAACAAGAUGACCAAAUACCGGCCCAUCAGUCCCUUCUUGUGCAUGGAUAUGACGUACAUCACAGUCCUUCUGAAAGAGGGAUUCGGCUUCAAGGACAGCACUGUUCUGCAGCUUACUAAAAAAGUGAACAAUGUUGAAACGAGUUGGGCCUUAGGGGCUACAUUCAAUCAUUUCUACAACCUGAACAUUCACUAAAGCCUGCCGACUCCUGGGCGCCACCAGGUGGGAAAACACAGGGUCAGUGUG